AUGAAAACAGCCAAUGAAAUAAAAGAAAUGAAAAUGAAAACAGCCAAUGAAAUAAGAGUGCUGGAAAAGGAAACAGCCAAAGAAAUAAGAGUGCUGAAAAAGAAAACAGCCAAUGAAAUAAGAGUGCUGGAAAAGGAAACAGCCAAUGAAAUAAGAGUGCUGAAAAAGAAAACAGCCAAUGAAAUAAGAGCUGCAAACAAAGAACCUGAACAAAUGAGAAAUAACAGGAGUUUUCGUACCUCAAUAGAGCAGCAAUACAACAAGGAAGGAUCUUUCGAUGAUGUCACUACCACAGACAACUCCAUAUAUGUGUAUUUCAUCAGAAGUCUUCCAUACAUUCCAUACAAUUACUCAUCUGAGUCGGCCAACAAGAAAUUUGGAUUGGUGUUUGUUGAUGCCCCAACCCCAGGACCCAAACACCCAUCCCCACCCCAGGGACCCAAUACCCAUCCCCAUCCCAGGGACCCAACAACCAUCCCCACCCCAGGGACCCAACAACCAUCCCCACCCCAGGGACCCAACAACCAUCCCCAACCCAGGGCCCUAACACCCAUCCCCACCCCAGGGCCCCAAUACCCAUCCCCACCCCAUGGCCCAAACUCCCAUCCCCACCCCAUGGCCCAAACACCCAUCCCCACCCCAGGACCCAAACUCCCAUCCCCACCCCAUGGCCCAAACACCCAUCCCCACCCCAGGGCCCUAAUACCCAUCCCAACCCCUACCCGACCACCUAUCCCCACCCACGACUCCCUAAGCAAAGAACAAUAG